UGUUUUAUAAACAUGCUUUGUACGAUAACCUCUUACAACAGAUUUUAAUUUAAUAUAAGAUUAUUAUGUCCAAGUUAAGGGAUUCCGUGGUUUCGACCUGCGAAAAGAAAUUUCUUUUAAAUUUACUUAAAGAAUCGAAGAGAUUGGAUGGAAGAGCCUUCAAUGAGUUUCGCGAUUUGAAAAUCGAAUUUGGUAAGGAUUGGGGUUCCUGUUUCGUUUCUUUAGGUGAAACACAAGUUUUGGCCCAAGUUUCCUGUGAAAUUCAAUUGCCAAAGUCCACGAGACCAAGUGAAGGAAUCCUCUAUAUAAAUUUGGAACUGAAUCCAAUUGCUGCGCCACAAUUCGAGGCCGGUAGACAAUCCGAUCUCUCCGUGCAGUUGAACAGAAUUUUAGAGAAAUGCAUAAAAGAUUCGAGAGCCGUAGAUUUAGAAUCAUUGUGCAUCAAAGUCAAGGAGAAGGUGUGGGCUUUGCGAGUAGAUUUAAAUGUACUAAAUCACGAAGGCAACAUCUUGGAUUGCGCCUCGGUCGCAGCACUCGCAGCUCUCAAGCACUUCAGGAGGCCUGAUGUGACUUGCGAUGGAGAAAACAUUAUAAUUCACACGUACGCCCAGCGUGAUACGAUCCCAACUGUGAUUCAUCAUUAUCCUGUGUGUAUUUCUUACGCAAUCUACUCAAAUGGUGAAAUCAUUUUAGCGGAUCCCAGUUUAUUAGAGGAAAACGUAUCGGAAGCACAACUCAUGUUAGGUUUGAAUGCCUACAAAGAAUUGUGCGGCUUUUAUCUAGGCGGUAGCGCAUCCGUUAGUGCAGAUGUUAUUUUGAAAGUCACCAAUAGAGCUGCCAAAAGAGCUUUAACUGUGAUUGAUCAACUCAAAGAAGCUGUCGAGCAGGAUGAUUUAAAACGGCAACAAAAUGAAGAAAUUGGUUUCCAACAUAGUCAUUCAUUCAGCAAAGAUUUGUCACAGAACGGAAAUAAAUUAGCAGACAUUCUGAACGCCUGGAGAACGGUGCCUACAAAAAAGAAAAAAACGGAAGUGAAACCGGAGAUAGUGGAACAAGCAAAGGUGGAACCAAUAGGAAAAGGAAAUCAGUCUGCGGUUCUUCUUCCACCCGAAACAGAAAACAGCCCUUGGAAUGUGAGCAGCGACGAAUCCGAAGAAACAGAAAACUCGACAACCAACAAAACCACAAAUCAAAACAACAAACAGGAAAUUAUGGAAGUCUCCUCUGGUUCCGAUAGUGAGGAGGACCAGGUGAUCGUAUUGAACGCCAAAAACAAGAUGAAAAAGACCAAAACAAAAACGAAAAAAUGAUUUAACUAAACAAUAAAUUUUUU